AUGACUAUUUCGGAUGAAAAGAAUCAACUACUCGUCACAAACAUAUGGUUGAAACUAGAAUGGAAUGAUAUGAAUCUAAGGUGGAACACAUCGGAAUACGGUGGUGUCAAAGAUCUACGAAUACCACCACAUCGAAUUUGGAAACCAGAUGUUUUGAUGUACAACAGUGCUGAUGAAGGCUUUGAUGGCACAUAUCCGACGAAUGUAGUCGUGCGAAAUAAUGGUUCUUGUUUGUAUGUGCCACCAGGAAUCUUCAAAUCAACAUGUAAAAUAGAUAUAACGUGGUUUCCAUUUGAUGAUCAAAGAUGUGAAAUGAAGUUUGGUAGUUGGACAUAUGAUGGUUUCCAGUUAGAUUUACAGCUGCAGGACGAAACCGGAGGAGACGUCAGUAGUUUCGUGACGAACGGAGAAUGGGACCUGUUGGGAGUGGAGCGGCCUCAGCAGUCCACCAAUGAUAUAGCCCAUCGCCCGGAGUUGUCCGCAAGCAUUAUUUAUGUGAUGUGGUCGCCUGAGGCGUUCCGUCGUCGUCGUCGGUAUGAGAGGGAGCUGGCCUCUAAUGGAAAACCAAGAGCAGGGUCAUCCGAUGGGAUGCCGGAAUCCAUUUUGUGCCAUCUUCCGGCGAGAUUAUGUUUUGCCGGAACUGCCCUCCCGGUGCGUCGUCGUCGGUCGGUUCGACAAGGCUUGGUUUUGGGAUCCAAGGGGUUGUUGGUUGGGGUUACCAGGUGCAAGGGGACUUCCCGCCUGGACUUCGGACGAAGGGUCCGAGGAUAUACGGCAUACGAUUUUGUUUGUGAUUCCGGCCCCACAAAGGUGUAA